AUGGCGGUUGUCAAGGAAACCAAUGAGCUGGUGGCUAUCAAGAAGUUCAAAGACAGCGAAGAAAAUGAAGAGGUCAAGGAGACGACCCUUCGGGAGCUGAAGAUGCUUCGCACGCUGAAGCAGGACAACAUCGUCGAGCUGAAGGAAGCCUUUCGCCGCAGGGGGAAGCUCUACCUCGUCUUUGAAUACGUGGAGAGGAACAUGCUGGAGCUGUUGGAGGAAGUUCCGAACGGCGCGGCGCCAGACAAAGUGCGGAGUUACAUCUACCAGCUAAUCAAAGCCAUCAACUGGUGUCACAAGAAUGAGAUCGUCCACAGAGAUAUCAAACCGGAGAACCUGCUCAUCAGCUCCGAGGAUGUCCUCAAGCUCUGUGACUUCGGUUUUGCACGUAACCUGUCCGAAGGGACCGACGCCAACUACACGGAGUACGUGGCCACGAGGUGGUACCGCUCACCAGAGCUGCUGCUUGGGGCUCCUUACGGCAAAGCGGUGGACAUGUGGUCAGUCGGGUGCAUCCUCGGGGAGCUGAGUGACGGGCAGCCCUUGUUUCCAGGCGAAAGCGAGAUCGAUCAGUUGUUCACCAUUCAGAAGGUCCUCGGACCGCUUCCCGCUGAGCAGAUGAAACUCUUCUACAACAACCCUCGCUUUCACGGAAUCAGGUUUCCCUCAGUUACUCAUCCUCAGACGUUGGAGAGAAGGUACCAGGGCAUUUUAAGCGGCUUGAUGUUGGAUCUUAUGAAGAACCUGCUGCUUCUCAAUCCUACCGAGCGCUACCUGACUGAGCAGAGUCUGAAUCAUCCAGCCUUCCAGCCUCUGAGGCAGGUGGAGAGAGAGAGGCCUUCGCCGGCCUCCCCCAAGCCGCCGCGCUCCUCCAAGAGGAAAACGCACCAUCACGGAGAGAACACAGUCCCUACAAGGAGUCACACCAAAAGCUCAAGCCAACGCCGCUCCAACAGCAAAGAAUGUUCAAGUCUCCCACGUCACGGAGACCUGCAUCACCUGGGCAAUGAGAAUUUCUUAAAUGGCAACAAACCCCCAUCGAGUUUAAGUCCGACCCUCCACCCCAAGAGUCAGUACCUGUCCCAGACCCUCAAUCGCUCUGCCUCAUCCAGCAAAGAUCUGGCCAAUAACAACUUGCCGCACCUCCUCAGCCCCAAAGAAGUCAAAAACAAGUCCGAGUUUGAUUUCAAUUUGGGACCCGCGCCCAAGUUGCCGGACCAAGGACACGGUGUAAAGUAUGGCCCAGGCAAGCCCAGCGGUUCCUCUCGCUCUCAGCAACAGCAGCAGCAGCAGCAGCAACAACAACAACAGCAGCAAGGAGGGCGUCACACCUUCCUGGAAAGUAAGACCAACACCAUGCAGUCCGGAGGAGACAAACAACACGGCAGACACCCCCACAGCGUGGCCGACUCAGCCCACGGAUCCAUGUCGUCGUCAUCCAAAAGCUCGGCCUCUUAUCUCAGCCUGUCCAAAAGUCACAGCGCUCUGAGUGACGCCAAAUCCGUAGGGAACCUCAGCGACGGUCGACUUCACCCUGAUGACCCAAACCCCAAUAUGACAGCCGCGGUGGGGACCAGCCCCCGUUUCUUCCCGAGCUGCCUGGACCUCAACGCCCCAUCGGCGGCCCAGGGGCCGCCCGGCAGCCCCUCGGCACGACACAGCGAUCGCUCCGGGCACAGCCCCGCAUCCCGUAGCAGCAGCAACGUCCGCAUGGAGAGCAGUACGCUCGACUCCUCCUCCAGACACAAGUCUAGACAAAAAUAUUUGGCUCCAGAGGAAGCGAAAGCUCCGGAGCUCUUAGACCCAGGGGGUGCGGGGAUGCCUUCCACCCACACGCUGCCCUCCCCGCAUGAUUCCUACCAUUAUGGCCUGGGUUACUCGUCCCCCUUUUCCUCUCAGCAACGGCCUCAACGCCACUCCAUGUACGUGAGGAGAGAGCGCCACCGACCUCACGCCGUAGAAGCCGGGACGGCGGGCUUGCCCACUCCGGGUCAGGCCAUACCAACGCGAGCCUCUAGUCUGCAGCUCCUUUCCCCGCAACUCCAGCACAGGACUGCCCUCACGGGACACUCAGUGAGCUCCUCCAGGGAAGACUGUACGGAUGGCAUGAGCAGGAGUGAGCAGUCCCCUAAAGACAUGAGCCACCCUUGCGCCCCCAUCAACGAUUCAACGAGGGACAACACCGCUGCUUUUCAUAAUCAGCGACCGCCUAAAAAUGAGGUCAGUAUGUACCACGACCCUCAUGGAGAGGACGGCGCAUCCUCCAAAGAGAACAGGAUGAUCUUCACUGAGUCCAUGCCUCGAAGAGUUGGUAGCUUUUACAGAGUGCCGUCCCCAAGACCGGAUAACUCCUCGUCUUACCACGACGGCGUCGGGCAGGGUCGAGGACCAGUCGUAUCCGUUGUCCCUGGCAACCCUGUUUCCAUGGCCAACCACUCAAAACGCCAGACUGCCUUUGACUGGAGCGCCGCGGAAGCAAUGGUGAUGAAUCCUCCGGAGCCCGCCAAAGAGAAGGAAAAACAAGGCUUCUUCAGAGCCAUUAAAAAGAAAAAGAAGAAGCCACAAAUUACGGACAUGGCAGACGGGAGGAACCCCAGCAUCAGGAAAAGCCUUUUCCCGCUCUUCAGCUCCAAGAACAGCUUAAAGCACAACUCGGCUGUCAAAGUCCUCCCGGCGGUUCCCUCGCCUAUGCUACAACAGCAGGCCCCUCCCCCGCCGUAUCCCGCCGCUACGACAGUAACCGGGAACGCUCCGGAGCAUUUGUCUCUGCAGAGGGCCACCAAGUCAUCCUCGCACCACGGAAGCCGCCGGAAAAACCGAGAGCGGUCCCGAGACCGAGAGAGGGAACGGGAGCAGAGCCGAGAGCGGGACCGAGACCGGGAGAGGGAAAGGGGAAGGGAGAGGGUGACGGAAUGGCAGACGGAAAAGACGGUGGACUCGCACACCCAGAGCCAACCGCUGAAAUCCCUUCGCAGGCUCCUCCACCUCUCGCCUUCGCCAAACCAAGGCCAGCCUCCUCCUCCCCCUCCUCCCGCAGACCUGCGCUUCCAGCCCCCUCCCCCCAACCCCCCCCAGCCCUCCUCCAAAGCCGUCUACCCCGAGGGCCGGGGCUCGUCCCAGGCCAAGAGCCGCAAGGCCAGCUACCCGCUGCCGGGCCAGCUGGAGUCCGCCUGGCACGUGUCGGCGCUGCAGCGGGCCGAGGGCGCGCAGUUCGCCGCCGAACAGCUGGGCAUCAAACCGGGGCAGAACGGACCCACCUUUACCCGUGCCUCCCGCACCAGAAUGCCAAACCUCAAUGACCUGAAGGAGACGGCGCUCUAAAGGCCCACCUCA